GCAAUCUUCAUGCGUGUGGUCUGCGUUCUGCUCGCGCUGCUUCUGGCGCUUGUCGCCGCCGUUGAAAAAAUGCCGGGUGAGUACGAGCCCAUCAACGGACCGACGCCCCUCAUCAUAACGAUGGGCGACUCGAUCACGGAGCUUGGCGCCAACCCGAGCUUGAUGGGGUACCAAGUUAUGCUCACCAACACGUACCAGCGCAAGGCCGACGUGGUGAACCGGGGCAUGUCGGGUCGCACGACGCGGUGGUGGUUGAGCCAGCUGCCGCGAGUGCUGAAGGAUUGGGAGCACAAGCACCCGUCGCUCAUCUCGAUCUACCUCGGCGUUAAUGACGCCUCGCUCAUCAACGGCGUGGACGCAGCACUGCACGUGCCGCUUGACGAGUUUACGACAAACCUCCGUUUGAUGCUUGCGUCCUUCAACGAGGCGUUUCCCAACUGCAAGAUUCUUCUCCUCACGGCCAGCGCUGUCGACGAGAGAACGGGGUGGAGCGCCGGUCGAUCGAAUGCCGAAGCUUCCAGAUACGCAAAUGCGACGAUCCGACUGGCACGUACCUUGCGACUGCCAGUCAUCGAUCUCUUUACGCCGACCUUCAACGACCUUUCUCUGUUCUACGACGGACUGCACCUCAACAGCCGCGGCUACGUCUUGCUGCACGGCCUUUUCAUCACUACCGUGCGCUCGUAUUAUCCCGACUUGGCACCUGAGAACAUGGGCUGGGCCUUCUGAGCGCCAUUACUCGAUGAAUACUACUCACUAUGCGAGUACUUUCGUUCGU